AGUCCCAGCUCUACAUACAGGUAUCAGAACUCGGCGGCGGUGGCGGCGUCUACGGUGGCCACGUUGGAGGGCGGAUCGUUGGCGGCGGCCUCGGCGGAGGCGGAGAUGGCGUCCGUGACCGCGGCGGAGGGCGCGGCGGCGGCGCUGCGGUCGGUGAUGUCGCGCGCGCAGCAGGCGGCGGCGCGGGCGGGGCGUGCGCCGGGGUCGGUGCGCGUGGUGGCAGUGAGCAAGACGAAGCCGGUGUCCGUCAUCCGCGGCGUCUACGACGCGGGCCACCGCUGCUUCUGCGAGAACUACGUCCAGGAGCUCCUCGACAAGGCGCCCCAGCUUCCUGAGGAUAUUGAGUGGCACUUCAUUGGAAAUCUGCAAAGUAACAAGGCGAAGGCCCUACUUGCUGGUGUGCCAAAUCUUGACAUGGUUGAGAGUGUAGAUGACGAGAAGAUUGCUAACCGUCUUGAUCGGGUGGUAGCUGACUUGGGGAGAAAGCCUCUUAAGGUCUUGGUCCAAGUGAACACCAGUGGAGAAGAAUCAAAAUUCGGUGUAGAUCCCUCGGGAUGUGUCAAAUUAGCAAAGCAUGUCACAUUGAACUGCCCGAAUCUUGUGUUUUCUGGUUUGAUGACAAUUGGGAUGCUUGAUUACUCAUCAACUCCAGAGAAUUUCAAGACGCUGGCUAAUUGCCGGAAAGAGGUAUGCAAGGAGCUUGGAAUACCCGAAGAGCAGUGCGAGUUGUCAAUGGGCAUGUCUGCUGAUUUUGAGCAAGCGAUUGAAAUGGGCAGCACAAAUGUAAGAGUUGGAUCGACCAUAUUCGGUGCAAGAGAAUACCCAAAGAACUAGGAUGCUUACACAACUAGGUUUUGUUGUGAUGUCGCAUUCACGGAACAUGGAGGACCGUCCAUAAUAUAUGCGUAGUUAUGUACCCAUGUUCUUUGGCAGAAAACAUUUCGACACUUUAUAUACCAUGUGCAACUAAUAAGGAUAUUGUUUUGGCACUGUGCGCCCUUUUGUUAAUAAAACAUUCAGACUUCACAUGAA